GCAGCGGGUCGGACUAGUGGGGAAGAAGCCGCAAACUCCACCCCAAGAGACCCCGGAGCCUCAGAUCCCGGAGCCCGCCGGUCCGCGCUCGACCGGUUGGUAGGUGACGCCAGCGCGCAGGGCGCGUGCGCGGCCACGGCGGUGUGCGUGAAAGCGGACGCGCGCCGCGGCGGCGGCGGCGGCAGCGAGGACGGCGGCGACGGCAGCGGCCGAGGGGGCGGCGGCUACGUGGGGGGAGCGCGGCAAGCGGCGGAGUCGCCUGUGCCGCAGGCCCGGUCGCAGAGGAACAUUGUCGGGGUCAGCGACUAUCGCCUGUUCCACAAGAUGAGUAACAGCCAUCCCUUGCGCCCCUUCACUGCCGUGGGGGAGAUUGAUCAUGUGCACAUUUUGUCUGAACAUAUUGGUGCCUUGUUGAUUGGGGAAGAGUAUGGUGAUGUCACGUUUGUUGUGGAAAAGAAACGGUUCCCUGCCCACAGGGUGAUUUUAGCCGCCAGGUGCCAAUAUUUUCGAGCAUUACUGUAUGGUGGAAUGCGAGAGUCUCAGCCUGAAGCAGAAAUCCCUCUGCAAGACACCACUGCAGAAGCAUUCACAAUGCUGCUUAAAUAUAUCUACACUGGGAGGGCAACACUGACAGAUGAGAAGGAGGAGGUGCUGCUGGAUUUUUUGAGUCUGGCUCAUAAAUAUGGAUUUCCAGAGCUGGAAGAUUCUACCUCUGAGUAUCUCUGUACCAUACUCAACAUUCAGAAUGUCUGUAUGACUUUUGAUGUUGCCAGUCUGUACUCACUUCCCAAGUUAACAUGUAUGUGCUGCUUAUUCAUGGACAGAAAUGCUCAGGAGGUACUCUCAAGUGAAGGUUUUCUCUCCCUUUCCAAGGCAGCACUUUUAAACAUCGUGUUAAGAGAUUCAUUUGCAGCCCCUGAAAAAGAUAUUUUCUUAGCCUUGUUAAACUGGUGUAAGCACAAUUCAAAGGAAGAUCAUGCUGAAAUUAUGCAGGCUGUUCGUUUACCUCUGAUGAGCCUCACCGAACUUCUGAAUGUUGUGAGACCUUCGGGACUGUUGUCUCCUGAUGCUAUUCUGGAUGCUAUUAAAGUACGAUCAGAGAGCCGGGAUAUGGACCUCAAUUAUAGAGGCAUGCUCAUACCAGAAGAAAACAUUGCAACUAUGAAGUAUGGAGCCCAGGUUGUAAAAGGGGAGCUGAAGUCUGCCUUGCUCGAUGGUGAUACUCAAAAUUAUGAUUUGGAUCAUGGGUUUUCUAGGCACCCAAUUGAUGAUGACUGCCGUUCAGGCAUUGAGAUAAAGCUAGGUCAGCCAUCCAUCAUCAACCACAUACGGAUACUCCUGUGGGACCGAGACAGCAGGUCUUAUUCUUACUUUAUUGAAGUAUCAAUGGAUGAACUUGAUUGGAUCAGAGUGAUAGAUCAUUCACAGUAUCUGUGCCGGUCUUGGCAAAAGCUGUAUUUUCCAGCCCGAGUAUGCAGGUAUAUUCGAAUAGUUGGGACUCAUAACACAGUGAACAAGAUCUUUCACAUCGUGGCUUUUGAAUGCAUGUUUACAAACAAGACCUUUACUCUGGAGAAGGGGCUGAUAGUUCCCAUGGAGAAUGUUGCAACAAUUGCUGAUUGUGCCAGUGUGAUUGAAGGAGUCAGUCGGAGCCGAAAUGCCUUGCUGAAUGGGGACACUAAGAAUUAUGAUUGGGACUCUGGCUACACGUGUCACCAGCUAGGGAGCGGUGCAAUUGUUGUUCAGCUGGCACAGCCAUACAUGAUUGGGUCAAUACGGUUAUUGCUUUGGGACUGUGAUGACCGAAGCUACAGCUACUAUGUGGAGGUUUCUACCAAUCAGCAGCAGUGGACCAUGGUGGCUGACAGAACAAAAGUCUCUUGCAAGUCCUGGCAGUCGGUCACUUUUGAAAGACAGCCUGCCUCCUUCAUCCGCAUUGUUGGAACACACAACACAGCGAAUGAGGUGUUCCACUGCGUGCACUUUGAGUGUCCUGAGCAAAACAGUCAGAAGGAAGAAAGCAGCGAGGAAUCUGGGACGGGAGAUGUGGGCCCUGCCGGCCAGCAGCUCGACCCCCACGCCCUGCAGGCCCCCAGUCCCAGCCCCGACUCACGAUCAUCCAACCGACAGCACCAAUAAAGGAGGCGGCCCACAAGACAUGACUUGGGUGCAGCUAGACAGAGGGACGGCGUGACGGGCGGGCCAGGACAGAGGGACACACCCUGCAGGGCCGGGCUGCUCCCCACCCCCCCGGGAGCAGGCCUGGCUGCACACGCGUGCUGCGCAGCUUGACUCCCAAGGAGAGUGGCGCCACUUCGUUCUCUCGCAGAUCAGGCUAGUCCCCAGGGGAGAAAAUAGGUCUUCAAUCUUCAUCAAGUCCUCGGAGGCCCUGACUCUCAUCUAACCCAGGCAAAGGACGCUAGACAGGCCAGGGGCAGAGCGAGCGGCUGGAUGCCGGGCCAGCACCUGGGCCUUGGGUACCUGGAGGGCACGGGGUGACUUCAGAGGAGGGUUCUCUGCCCACGGGUGGUCCUCAUUUGUGUGGGUUACUGUAGGUGUUCUGAGAGUCAUGUGCUCUGUCCCUGGGACCCUGCCCUUUCCACUUCCCCUCCAUCUGGGGAGCUGGGCGGGAGGGGCGGGGGGGGUACAGGAGACCCCAGCGUAGUUCAUCAUGCUUCUUGGUCUGACCAAGAUCCACCAAAGACACACUAAGCAAACCAGUCUGCCGGCCUAGAGUCAAUAAUCACUCAGACUGCUGAGUUAGUAACCUGUCACCCCGAAAUGUAGCAGCCCGAACUUGGGGGACCGAGAUGGAACUGGUUAUCAGGCAGCCACUC